AAUAUAAUCAGGCAAUUCCCUGUCUCUUUUUCUUCAUUCCUCUUUGCCAAAAUGAACUGUUUGACAUUUAAUGUUUAUCAGUUUCUUCUGAGUAUAUGAGUCAUGUGGAAUGGAGUUAGCAACCCCUUAAGAACAUUAAGUGUCUACUUUGUCUUACUGGUUCCUGGUGUUUUACUAAUAAAAGGUGUGGAGCUGAAUUUAAGCGACUGUAUGUAACUGAUAGUGUUCCUGUGCAGACAUGCCUGUCUAUGACUUUGUUCAAUAAAAAAAAAAAAAACCUGAUUCUACAUAAUUUGUAUUUGGAAUGAAGAUUCCAGGAGGUAGCUUGAUCAUGGGCAAAGCCAUGCAACUGAUCAGAGACAUAAAGUUGGAAGAGGUCAAUAGCUGGAAUUUGUCUUGAGGGUUUACCUCUAACACCACACACAUACACACCCACACACACACGUGUGGUUUCAGUUAUAAAGGUAAAAAGAUUUUAUGAACUUAGAAGGUCUGGUGUAUUUGAUUCUAUUUUGAAGAAGAGAGAGAAUUCUGGAAAAGAACCAUGUGGUGAGGCUAGGGAACACAGAGUAAAGCAGAGACAGCUAGUGUAGAGAGAGGUGUGUGUAGAUCUUCUAGGGCAGGUGUCUUCCUUGCCGUGUCUGUUUCACUGAAGCCAGUUCUACUGGAGGCCUGGGGGAUGAUGAGGGAUCCUGUUUGGCUCUGGGUACCAGCUGAAGUGAGUAGUGAAUAUAGUAUGGACAAAGCAAUGGUUGAAUUUGCUAUGAUGGAUCGGGAACUAAACCAUUACGUAAAGGCUGUUCAAUCUGCAAUAAAUCAUGUGAAAGAAGAACGGCCAGGAAAAAUACCAGAUUUAAAAUUAUUGGUAGAGAAGAAAUUUUUGGCCUUACAGAAUAAGAAUUCUGAUGCAGACUUCCAAAAUAAUGAAAAGUUUGUACAGUUUAAACAACAACUAAAGGAACUAAAGAAGCAAUCGGUGAAACCUAAAGAAGAUGGAAGACACAAUGAGUUCGACCAGAUUAAGGAUAAGGAUGCAAGUAGAGCAGGCAAUGAACGAGAUGGUCUUCAGGCGGACAGAGAGGCCGACGGAACAGAAGGAGUGGACGAAGACAUGAUCGUGACCCAGAGUCAGACCAACUUCAUCUGCCCCAUUACGCAGUUGGAAAUGAAGAAGCCAGUGAAAAACAAAGUGUGCGGCCACACCUACGAAGAGGAAGCCAUUGUUCGCAUGAUUGAGUCCAAGCACAGGCGGAAGAAAAAGGCCUGCUGCCCUAAAAUUGGCUGCAGCCACACAGAUAUAAGGAUGUCGGACCUCAUCCAGGACGAAGCCCUCAGGAGGGCAAUUGAGAGCCACAACAAGAAGAGGCACCGGCAUUCGGAGUAAGAAAAGGCCUCCGCCCGCGGGGUCCGCGGCGCCUCGCACGCCAGCCGCCCGCUCAGAGCCCUGCUUCUCGGGGCAGCGAGGGACCGGCCGCGCGGCAUCCUUCGGGGUACAACUUGGUUUUAAGUGUGAUUGAAAGCAAUUUUUAAAGUUCCCCCAGUAACAAUGCAAACACAUUGUAUACUGUUUAUUUUUAAGAGCUGUGUAAUUUUGAAUAAAGCCUUGAUUAUCUA